AUGACUGAGUACGUCAAGGUCGAGAAGAUCAUCCCCAAGUUCCCGCCGCCGGCGUUCAGCGACAUCGCCAAGGCCUCCAACGACCUCAUCAACAAGGACUUCUACCACACUGCCGCAGCUGCCCUUGAGGUCAAGCUCAAGGCCCCCAACGGUGUCAACUUCACCGCCAAGGGAACCUCUGCCCACGAUGGCCCCGUCACUUCCUCGCUCGAGGGCAAGAAGUCGCUUUCCAACGGUACGACAAACGAUUCCUUUCUCCCCCGCUCCACGAGCCUCUCUAUACCCCUUCAUGCGUCUUCCAACUUUCAAUCUUAUAUAUUCCACGUGAAGCAGCCUCCCGGCAAGGGGGGCUUUUCCGUGGCGGGCUACGGAAUCAACCUACUGACAACGGACGACGCAGGCAUCAGCAUCACCCAGUCAUGGAACACUGCCAACAUGCUGGCCACCAAGGUCGAGCUCAACGACACCUUUGCCAGCGGCUUGAAGACUGAGAUUCUCUCCAACUUCAAUCCCGCUGCCGGCAACAAGGGCCAGAAGGUCAACCUUCACUUCAAGCAGCCUGCCUUCCACGGCCGCGCUUUCGUCGACUACUCGGCUGCUGGCGCCAUUGGCACCACCGCUGACGCUGUCGUUAGCCACGAGGGCAUGGUCGUUGGUGGUGAGGUCGGUUACGAUGUGCAGAAGGCUGCCAUCACCAAGUACUCCGCCGCUGUCGGAUACACCACCCCUCUCUACAACGCUGCCGUGACUGCCACCAACUCCCUGAGCGUUUUCACCGCCUCGUACUACCAGCGCGUCAACCCCGCUGUCGAGGCCGGUGCCCGCGCUGUCUGGGACUCAAAGUCCGGCAACAACGUCGGUCUUGAGCUCGCUGCCAAGUACAAGCUUGACCCUGCGUCUUUCGCUAAGGCCAAGAUCAACAACCUCGGCAUUGCUUCCCUCGCCUACAACACCAAGGUCAACAGCGGUCUGACCUUCGGUAUUGGUGGCUCUUUCGAUACCCAGAAGCUGAACGAGGCCGGCCACAAGCUCGGCACCAGCUUCACCUUCGAGGGCUAA